UCUCCGGGGGAGGAAAGGUCUGGCGACCGCCUAGCGAAAGCCCCUCGGCCCGCUCUUCCAACCGGGGCCGGCCGGCCGGAGACCGACUGCCCCCUGCGCGCCCCGGGGACCCCGCGCCCUGCGCGCCCCCGCUCGGCCGGCCCGUGCACCGGGCGGCCUCGACCUGCAGCUUCCCCAGGGCCUCGCGGUCGCCCGAGGCUGCAGCGGCGCCACCGGGUCGCGCGGAGGCCCCUCACCCGCACAGAGAUCUCUCGCAUGAUCAUGUCUUCCGUUAAGAUUGAGUGUGUUUUGCCGGAGAACUGCCGGUGCGGCGAAUCUCCCGUGUGGGAGGAGGCGUCCAACUCUCUGCUCUUCGUCGAUAUUCCGGCAAAAAAGGUUUGCCGGUGGGAUUCGCUCAGCAAGGGAGUGCAGCAAGUGACCGUGGAUGCCCCCGUCAGCUCUGUGGCCCUUCGCCAGUCAGGAGGCUACGUCGCCACCAUUGGAACAAAGUUCUGUGCUUUGAACUGGGAAGAUCAGUCGGUGGCUGUCCUGGCCACAGUAGAUAAAGAUAAGAAAAACAAUCGAUUCAAUGAUGGGAAGGUGGAUCCCGCUGGGAGAUACUUUGCUGGCACCAUGGCCGAGGAAACGGCCCCAGCAGUUCUGGAGCGGCACCAGGGCUCCCUGUACUCGCUCUUUCCUGACCACCACGUGGAAAAGUACUUUGACCAGGUGGACAUCUCCAAUGGUUUGGAUUGGUCCCUGGACCACAAAAUCUUCUAUUACAUUGACAGCCUGUCCUACUCCGUGGAUGCCUUUGACUACGACCUGCAGACAGGAAAGAUCUCCAACCGCAGAAGUGUGUAUAAGCUGGAGAAAGAGGAACAAAUUCCGGAUGGAAUGUGUAUUGAUGCUGAGGGGAAGCUCUGGGUGGCCUGUUACAAUGGAGGAAGAGUGAUUCGUUUAGAUCCUGAGACAGGGAAAAGACUCCAAACCGUGAAGUUGCCUGUUGAUAAAACAACAUCAUGCUGCUUCGGAGGGAAGGACUACUCUGAAAUGUACGUGACAUGUGCCCGGGAUGGAAUGGACGCGGAGAAGCUUCUGCAGCAGCCUCAGGCUGGUGGGAUCUUCAAGAUAACUGGCCUGGGAGUCAAAGGAAUUCCUCCCUAUCCCUACGCAGGAUGAAGACACAGGAAAUUCUAGAGCUGAAAUUUCAGUGUAGUUACCAAAAAAAUAAAGAAAUGAUAUGAUUAACAAGGCUAACUUUUUAUUUACAAUUUUUUUAAGGUAGAGCAUUUUAGUAAGGGGUGACAGGUAGUUUUGAUAACACUACAAGGCCUUCUGAAAAGGUAUUAUAGAAAUGUAGAGAAUUGUUCAACUGUAAAUUAACCUCUUGAUUCUUUGCAAAUAGCUAGAAGCAGAGUGGGGAGGGACCCUAUCUGUUCUGUAUUCCUUACUUAUUAUACCUAAAGCUUCAAAAAAUUAAUAAAUACUGGCCUGGUAAUGA